GUGCGGAGACCGGCCGGUGCGAUGGCGCGGCGAUCCACGUGCGAUGCGCCGUUCACGACCGUCCUACCGACGGGACUAUUUGUAAACACGCGCAUCGUAAGAUGGACGUAUUCGAGUCUCGCAGAAAAGCUUGGGAGGAUUUGGAUGUGUCGCGCGACGAAUUGCGGAGCCUCACCGAGUGUCUGAAGAAGGAGGACUUUCGCAAACUGCUGAUUGAGUACGCGGAGGAAGUGAACGACCCGGACAACAGGCGGACCUACGAGAAGGAGAUCGCCCAGCUCGAGAAGGAACGGGGCGUAGACGUGACGUUCGUUAACCCCGAGCCUGGUUACGUCAUAAAAACGAGUGUGAAUGGCGAGAGGAAGUGUUUCCUGAACAUUAGCAAGAACGACGUGGUAGCGCAACCGACCAGCCAGCCCUCCUAUGAGCAGGGCCACCGUGGCCUACAGUGGUCUAUCCCGUAUACGCUGAUACCGCCUCGCGAUGACCUUGACAAGAAGAAUGUGCGCUGCGUGGUGUUCGACGUGGUCUUCCACCCGGACACCAUCUACCUGGCGUCCAAGAAUGCUCGCUUCCGUGAGAUCGUUAACAAUACAGCAAUGGACGGUGUGGAGAACAACUUCAAAGUAAAGCUGGAUAGAAAGAAUCUCAAAUUCCCCAAGAUCAGCUUCAAAGGAGUGUCGCACCCCACAGUCAUCAGGAGAUCCUCUGAAGAGCCUCCAAAAGAGCCAUUAGAUAUGGACUCUGAAAUCUACCAGAAACUGAUGUCCAGUUACGAUGAGAGCCGCAAGAGAUGCUUGAAGACAAAAGAGGAGAAAUCGCAACGUGCCGCACCAGUCACCACUUACUACAAGAACAAGCAGCAGCAGUCAAUAGACGAGAAGUAUGUCACUCCCAAGUUCACCAUCAAACACCAGUCCGACGUGGAGAUGGAGGACUUUUGUGUAGACAAAGACGCCAAGCUCUACGCCGCGAUCCCGAAGAAACUCGUGGUCUCCGUCGACCUGCCCUUGCUGAAGAGCGUCAGCGACGCGACGCUCGAUAUACACGAGCGCUCUCUCACCUUGAAAAGCGAGAAGCCGGCCAAAUAUCUGCUGGACCUGCCGUUACCGUAUCCCGUGGACGGAGACCACGGUAACGCCAAGUUUGACGUGAAGUACAAGAAGUUGAUCGUGACCUUGCCGGUGGUCCGAUCGCUGGUAUCAACGAUGAACACCAGGGUGGAUAGUGGAGUCGACAGUGAUCAGAGCAGCCCCAUAUCGUUAUCCAAAGACGUCGACAAGGAGAACAUACCCGACAACAAAGUAGAGUCGAUCAAGGAGAACGAGAGCAUACGCGACGUUGUGGAAUUAGACGGGGCGAAUGAGGCGAUAGAAAAGUGCGCGGAUAUCGUGUUGCGGACUAGUCACGUGACAGAGACAGCUGAUGCAUUUAUGAGUUCUAACGUUAAGUACAAUCUUCCCGCGUACACCUGUAAUGUUUACAAUAAUCAGUUGGCCGUAACCGUGAAUGUAAAAAAUGUAAAUCCCGACGCUAUACGCCAUAAGAUUCUCGAGAACAACGCAGGUUUGCACGUCUUAUUGACGUCCGUGGGUGCUGGAUUCUUCCCGCAAUAUUACUCCCUGUGUCUGAAGAUAGGCGAUCAUUCCGUCGAGCCGGAGACUCUGACGAUUGAUCCGUGGGACAAUAACGUAGUGUUCAGCAUCACAGUGAAAGAUAUCGAGAAUGUGAAGCAAUAUUCUGCCGGACUGGACACGGAAUUUAUGGAGGAAAAGGAUCUCCCCACAGCUGCUUCGUUCAGAAGCAAGUUCCAGGAGUUAAUGACCUCUUCGGACAAUGAAUCGCUGACGGAAAGAGAAGUAUCCGUAGCGCCACAGGGCAGCAGUCUCAUCAUAGACAUCCGUUCCACUCAGCAGGAUUCGGAUGACGAAGAGGAGCAGGGAAAUGUGACGCAACGGCAAGAGAAAGCGCGCAUAGUGGAAAAGGCGAGAUCGGUCUCUGAGAGCAGCGGAGACGAGCUGGCGAGCAGCAACGGCAGCGCGAGGCACUCCAAAGGGAUACUGAAAUCGCGUCGCGUCCGCGACUUCUCGCGCUCCGUCUCGGAGUCGAGUGCCGACGAGAACAGCCUUCCGGCGUCGUGCACGGAUUACCAUUACGAUUCUGUGCAGGACAUCAAUUCGGAAUCCGAUUGCUCCAGUUUAAAGAAGACUGUACGAUUCAAUGACGUGGUCUCGCGGCAGUUAUUUAGAUCCAACUCUAGUAUUCUCGGACAACGGAAAAAGAAUCAACGCAAGUUGCGGAACAAGAAACGCGCUCACGAGCGGCGAAUGAGCGAGAGCGAAAACUCUGAGACCGAGGAGCGUGGCAAAUACAACAAGACGCAAAAUCACAAGCACUCUUCGAGCGAAGAGGCGACGUCCGACAACGUGAAACCUAUACUGGCGCGGGACAAGCAGUCGCGGCAACAGAGAACCGCGAACAUCGAGAUCACGAAGAUGAACGCGAGCGACCAGCAUCCGUUGCAGCAUAAACGCAAAUCCAGCAUAGACAAGAAACCGCCCACCGAGGAGGAGGAAGAAGAGGUCCAGACCGACGCGCCGAGCCAAGACGCGACAGAUACCGCUCAACUGGAAUUCAAGAACGACUUGAUCUUCGAUCUAGACAUGUAGACCCUUAAGAACUGCUACUUUAGCUUAACGUACGCAUCAUGUAAUAGCUGCAUAAUCGGGUCGCACACGGUCGACGUCCAAAUCGCAGAUUCGCAUGUAAGACUAGUUAUUUUUACGUUUUAGUAUCGCAACAGGAGGAGGAAGCCACGUAGAUAUGGGAUUAAUCAUUUUCUAGUGCGCCAUUAGCGUUAGAGUUAUGUAGUAACCCGAGGAAGCAGAGAUAGUCGGACGAAACGAGAUCACCCAGAAACCAACCCACCUACCCAUUCCCGACUCUUCUUCGAACAGUCAAAUUAGUGUGAUAGCGUAGAGAACCUCGCUUUUAAACGUAAGAAAUGUAUUCGCCAAUUCGAGAAAGGUGAUCGUGUUAUAGCGAAAUUGAACGUAUGUCAACGAUGAUGUAUGCGAGAUCACUGGCGGAUAUAUACUACGGUAAAUUGUCUAUAUAUUACGCAUUCAUGUCCGCAACGCAUAUUUUGUUGCACAUUUUUUAAUGCGAAAAGUGAUACUUGUUUUUCUUUAUUUUUUUUCUUUUUAUGUGCAUUUAUAUUACAUUGUUAUUCGUGAAUAUUUAAUUUUUAUUUGCAGAUAGCGAAUUCAGUUGAAUCGUGAACGAUCAAUAUAAACGUUAAAUCGAGGAGAAUAUUUGCACAAAAACUGCCGAUGCCCCACGAUAGAUUCGUAGAAUCGCCGGUUGAGAUCGCGAGAACGUGCAUUUGCGUGAAGGUAUAUUCGGUUAUGCGUAAUGUAUGGGGCGCUGAACACCACCGUGUGUGUGCAAAGAAUAGAAAUCGCGUCGCAACAAUUGUUUGCUCUUAAAGAGAUGACGACUCCGUAUCGGUAGCGACGGCUACGGUCUCGUUGUUGCAGUUGUCGCGCGAAUUGCCGAUUAUCCGCCGUAGAAGAAGAGAAUCUUCGUUACGGAAUGUUAUUUGCGAAGAAAGAGCGAAGAAAUGUUCAAAAAUCGUCCGCGCGUUCGGAGAAGGGAAAUUUGCGAUGUGAUAAGACUCUCGUCGCAGUCGAAAUCAGGAUUCCUAUCCAAUAGGCUGAUUUUUGCGGCAUGCUGUUUGUGAAUUUUUAUACAUUAUACGUCGACGCAUCGUGAUAAUCGAGUGUACAUAAUUUCGAUAAAUCGAGCAACCGUCUAUAGCGGGCGAGACUUUUACAUAUCCAUGCUCUCAGCACUUUUCAUUCCUACGUUGCAUAUUGCACAUUGAAGCGUUAGAGAUUUUUACCGUUGACGAAUAAUAGGCCACACACACACACACACACACACACACACACACACACACACACACACACACGCACACACGCGCGCGCCGCACGCACCGUCUCGCGGGCACGAUGUAUUUGCGGUGCGAAAGUCGCACGAUAAACCAUACAUAUAUAAAUCGUUAUGUUCACGUAACAAUAUAUUCCUGUAAUAAUAUAAAAACGAAAUAAAACACAAAGUGUUUUUACGA